GAGACCUGGUUCCUCGUUGCCGCUUGGCUACGCUCCUUUCACCUCUUGGCUGUGGAGUCCGAGCCAAGGCUACUCGGGCGCCUGUCUUUGCGGCCUGCGGCGGAGGGGCAAGGCGAGGCCAUUAUCCUGGUAGAUCUCGGUCUGCUGGAGAUUGCCGAUGAUUGCUGUGCCUGGGAAGUCGCGAGCAGCCAUCCCGAGCCUCUACAAGAGAUCGAGAUCCCGACGGCACCUACAGGAAGCAUCUCGCUGCAAAGCUCAGCGACAGUGAUCCUUGUAGUCUUUGCCGCCAAGUGCGUGCGCCGGAAAUUUCGGGCCUGA